AUAAUGAGCGCCACCUACCGGUUUUGACAACCAGUACGGUUGAACUUUCUUAGCCUAAUCGCUCACGAACAAGAAAGGAGAAGAAAAGAUGGAAAGCUACCAAAUUUCACAAGAUCAGACAACAGCUGAGCACUCGGCCCCAGAGAGGAGACUGACCUGGGCUGCCUUUGAGCAAAUAAGGUGACUCGUCUCCACUACAAUCCUUUAUUUGCUGAUCAAUAUGUUCAGCACUUUAAGGGUUGCCAGCAUGGUGGCGUUGAAAGUAGCUUUUCCAGUGCCUACGACCGCACAGAUUUGUCGCCAUGCUAACCAGGAUGUCCGUGUUUGGAUGGGGUCAACUCGUUCUGACUCGGACAACAGAAAGAAAGACCAUGAGGAUGACCUUGAUAUGGAUGCAGUGGAGGCCAAACUGGAGUCGCUUUUUAAAGAGGAGAAGAAAAGAUGGAAAGCUACCAAAUUUCACAAGAUCAGACGACAGCUGAGAACUCGUGGAGCCCCAGAGAGGAGACUGACCUGGGAUGCCAUUGAGCAGAUAAGAUACCUAAAGCAGGAGUGCACACAGGAAUGGACAGUGCAAAAAUUAGCAGACAGUUACUGCGUCAGUCCUGACGUUAUCUCCAGAAUCCUCCGCAGCAAGUUCACUCCUACCCUAGAGAGAAAGCUCAAACAGGACUGUAAAGCUAUGGCCAGGCAGCAAUCUCUUGGACAUGGUGAAAUGGAAGGGUCGAAUAAGGGUCAGUCAAGACUGCCUGUGCUUGGCAGCACUAAGCCAGCCAGGCAGUUGUUUGGUAAUACGCAUGCCUUGACAUGUCAGAGUAGAGGAGCCCUGGCUAAGAUGGAGUUUGAGACAGGACUGGCUGUUACUGAUGAUAAUGUUACAUUACUGUUAAGAGGGACAUCUCAAAUAUCAGAUGGUCUGCCUGUGGCACAGAGAAAGUCACAGGAGAGGCUUAUUGAACAAGAAGGGCCAGUGGACUUUGAGGAGGACUGGGGGGAGGAGGAGAACUGGGAUGGAGUAUUUUUCACCGAAGAACAACUUGAGGACCUUAUCUACACUCUGUGUGCAAAGCCCAGUACAGUGAAACAAAAGGGUAGGGAGUUCUUUGACAGUGAAGGCAACUUCUUAUAUAGAAUUUGAAGAAACCAUUAGUACUCCACCAUGUUGUAAAAGUUGCUUAAAAUGCCACUGUAUUAAGAGGAAUGUCUGUUCAUAUAUACUGUUGGAAUAAAAAUAUCUAUAUAUGUCACAGAAUUUAAUCAAACCAUUGUAUAUUGUAAAAAGAUCAAUAUUAACUUGUCCAUUCCAGUUUGUUUUUUUUUUAUGCUAACACAUAUUGCACUAAUGACGUAUUGGUUUGCAUUACCAGUUUCUGCUAUGGUAGCAAUGAAGUUAUGAAAUGAUGUUAUGGUUCAAACAUCUACAGUGUUGAAUGUAAUUGUGCUUCCACCUUCCUCCUCGAACUGAUAAAGCAGGUAGAGCAAGAUGCUAGCAACACCAAGAUCAUGGGAUUUAUUCCCAGGGAGUACUGCUAUCUAUUGUUUGUAGAGUGUAAAGUCCAUAUGGAACUAGUGGCACUGGGCCUGUAUUAAUUGGGGCUGGGUAUAGCCUUAGUCACCAGGGAGGCCAGUGUUUGUUCAUCUUUAAAGAAGUUUGGAAAGUGAUGGGUCUGUGCCUUCUGGAGGUGUUGUGGGUUUAAUUCAAUGAAAACUUGGAUUUGUCAAAUAUUUUUUGAAGAAGAUACUGGACUGGAUGACAUUUUUGUAACUGCUAUAUGUUAUGAGGAUAACAUUUCUUGUAUGUUUAAAUCUGAGAAUUCUGUCUUAAAUAAAGCCAUUUAUUAUAAAUCUACACUCAUUCUAAUUUGCAAUACAGAUCUACAUUCCAAGGCCUGCAAAACUCAAUUCAUACAACUAUUCAGGUUUACACAUGAGAAAUGUGAGUGAAGACUUCUUCCAGAAAAGUAUGGAGAUCUGUUAAUAAUUUUAUAUUUCUGGAUUUCCUAAGGAAGAUGUAGAUGAUGCUUUUGUAUUUUAUCUGUUCUGAGAACAUGCAUUAACCAAUAAAACAAAGUUAGUGUUAAAUGA